AUGAGUGAUGAAAUAAGUUCUGAUGUUGACUAUUUGUUAAAUAAAAUGAACGAUGUAAAAAAUAAGAAUAAUCUAAUUGAAAUAAUUUAUGAAAACGAAUUAGUCAAUGGUAAUAAUAAUUUAACAAAAGAACAAACUCAACAAAAACCGAAUAUAAAAAUAAAUAAAAAACUUCAAGAUAAUACAUAUAAAACAUUGAUAAUGAUUGAUCCAGAUGCUCCGUCUUCUGAUAAACCAAUAACUGGUCCAUUUAUUCAUUGGAUAUUAUCUAAUUUUAAAGAAAUUAAUGCUAUCGAUGGAGAAACUAUUUGUGAAUAUAUGGGACCAGGACCAAGAGCUGGAAGUGGAAAACAUAGAUAUAUUUAUUUACUUUAUCAAUCAAUUGAAAAAGUUAAACAAGAGAAUAAAUUCGAUAACAUUCCUCAACGUCGAAAAUUUCCAUUGGAAAAAUUCGUUUCUGAUAAUCAUCUUCAAUUACUUGAUAUGACAUUCUUCAUUCUUGAUGCUUAA